ACCAACUGUCACCCGGCCGGAAGUCACCAACUCUCGCCGCCAGGGAAAAGUUUCCCGUGAGCCUGCGAGGGCUCGCGGACUACGACUCCCAGCAUGCUCUGCGGCCGCCGCAGUUAACCCUGCAGGGACUGGAGCCGCCCUGGGUCCCGCCCCCCACCUGCCCCUUCCUCCGACCCGGCAAGAGAUGGGUGCCCCCAUCGGCACAUUGUUCUUUGGCCACCUGACAUCAUGCCUCCCAAGAAGGAUGCUCCCGUGAAGAAACCAGCAGGGCCCUCCAUCUCUAAGCCGGCCGCCAAGUCUACAACAGGGACCCCUCUAGCCAAGACCAAGGCUGAGCUGGCUGGCCCCCAGACACCUGCAAAAACCCAGGAGCCCCCUGUUGACCUCUCCAAAGUGGUGAUCGAGUUUAACAAGGACCAGCUGGAGGAGUUCAGAGAGGCCUUUGAGCUGUUCGACCGCGUAGGCGACGGCAAGAUCUUGUACAGCCAGUGUGGGGACCUGAUGCGGGCCCUGGGCCAGAACCCUACCAACGCCGAGGUGCUCAAGGUCCUGGGGAACCCCAAGAGCGAGGAGCUCAAGUCCCGACGUGUAGACUUUGAGACGUUCCUGCCCAUGCUGCAAGCCGUGGCCAAGAACCGGGACCAGGGCACAUACGAGGACUACCUAGAGGGGCUUCGUGUGUUUGACAAGGAGGGCAACGGCAAAGUCAUGGGCGCGGAGCUCAGACACGUUCUUACUACUCUCGGAGAGAAGAUGACUGAGGAAGAGGUAGAGACUGUUCUGGCAGGCCACGAGGACAGCAACGGCUGCAUCAACUAUGAGGCCUUCCUGAAGCACAUCCUAAGCCUCUGAGCUCCGCGCGUGGCCACGGGCCCUCGAUCCAGCAGGCAGAAGCGCGGGCAGUGCGCUUCCCCGCCGGCUGUAGCGCAGCCACCAGGGCAGGACCACUUUCUUCCCACCUCGCCCACCCCCAGCCCAGCCCAGCCCACGUAGAACCCGCGGAGUCGGAACCUUGCCCCACCUCCUGUGCGGCCAGGGCGCGUUCCUGCCACUAGGGGGCGCGUACAGUCUUGAAAUAAAAACGUGGUCCCUG